AUGGGCCCCCGCGGGCUCGGUGUCCUGGUGCUGCUGGCGCUGGGGAGCGGCGGGACGCGGCUGCCCGAGGACGCGGCGCAGGAGCACGGGUAUUACCUGCAGCAGCUCUUCGGGCAGUACGGGGGGGCCAACGGGACGCUGCCGUUCGAGGGGCUGGCGCGGCUGCUCGGGAGCCUGGGGCUCGGCCGGGUGCAGGUCGUGCAGAUCCAGCACGAGGAGCUGGGCCACGGCCACGUCAGUCACCUCGACCUGCUGGAGGUGCAGGAGGACAAGCACCGGCACCGGCAUCCCAUAUGGGAGCACGGCGGGGACGCGGCUCCGGGCACCCCGACACCCCGCAGCCCCCAACCCACCCAGGCCGAAAGCGGGAGGAAGCCGGUGCCCACUGAACCCCCCGGUGCUGGGGGCACCCCUGGGAACCGCGAGGCCCCCCCGGUCCCCGGGCUGAGCCUGCUGGGGAGGGUCCUGGGCUUGGAGCACUCCAGCGCUGAGCACCCGCACCACGAUUGCCUCAACGUGAGCCAGCUGCUGGUGAAUUUCGGGCUGGAGGCGGCGGCGCAGCUCACCCCGGAGCAGUUCACGCUGCUCUGCCCGGCCCUGCUCUACCAGAUCGACUCCCGCGUCUGCAUCCAGCACAGCGACGACGUGACGCUGCCUCCCCCCGGGGGGGGCCUCUGGCCAGCUCUGGGCUGGGGGCUCCUGGCCGUCGCCUUUGUCAGCCUGCCCUCGGCUCUGGCCGUCGCCCUCGUCCCGCUGCUCAGCCGCAGCUUCUUCCGCUCGCUCUUGGCCUUCCUGGUGGCUCUGGCCGUGGGGACACUCUGUGGGGACGCUCUGCUCCACCUCUGGCCCCAUGCGCAGGGGAGGCACCAGGAGGCGACGGCGGAGCCGGGGGCCGCGGUGCUGCAGGGGCUGGCGGUGCUGGGCGGCAUCUACCUGCUCUUCCUGCUGGAGCUGCUGCUGGGGAUGCUGCGCCGGAGCCGGGAGGCCGCGGGACAGACCCCCGGUGUGGCCGCGGGGGUCCUGGCACCGCUGCGAGGAGAGGCUGAGCUGAACCCGACGGCGCCAGAGGCAGAGCUGGAGCUCAAACCCCGCGGACCCCCCCACGGACACUCCCAUGGCCCCGCGCUGCCCCCCAGCCCCGCGGCCACCGACAUUGUGUGGAUGGUGGUGCUGGGGGACGGGAUCCACAACCUGACGGACGGGCUGGCGAUCGGUGCCGCCUUCUCCCACAGCGUCCCCAGCGGGCUCAGCACCGCUCUGGCCGUGCUCUGCCAUGAGCUGCCCCAUGAGCUCGGUGACCUGGCUGUGCUGCUGCGGGCGGGCACGGCCCCGCGCACCGUCCUGCUCCUCAGCCUGCUCUCGGCUCUGCUCUCCUGCCUGGGGGCGGCGGCGGGGGCCGCCGUGGGGCAGAGCGCGGUUCCUCUCACUCCCUGGAUCCUCACCGCCACCGCCGGCAUCUUCCUCUACGUGGCUUUGGCCGACAUGCUCCCCGAGGCGUUGCGCCGUGCCGAGGGCCCCGGUGAGGGCUCGUGGGGCCGCUUCCUCCUGCAGAACGCGGGGUUCCUGCUGGGCAGCGGCAUCAUGAUGGGCAUCGCCUUGGCCGAGGGGCACGUCCGCGCCUGGCUGCAGCCCUGAGCGGCCCCAUCGCCAGGCUGGAAGGACGGAGGAAGCCCCCGGGACGGGGCAUUGUCCCCCCGGUCCCUUCAUCCCUGCGGGGACGGGACGGCUCCAGGGCAGAACUCGACGGCGUUUUCCCUUCUCCCCUUCUCCUUCCCCUUGGACCAGCGGAGGGAGAACAACGGGACGUAGAAGCAACGGCGUUUUAAUAAACGUAAUUGAU